AUGACCCAUUCCUGCUGCUCCCCUUGCUGUCAACCUACCUGCUGCAGGACCACCUAUUGCAGGACCACCUGCUGCCAGCCCACCUGCUAUGAGCCCAGCUGCUGUCAGUCCUGCUGCCCCGCAACUUGCUGUCAAACUAUCUGUUGCAGGACCACCUGCUGCAGACCUACUUGUGUGACCACCUGCUGUCAGCCCACCUGUGGUGGGUCCAGCUGCUGCCAGGCUUACUGUCGCCCUGCCUGCUGUCAGACCACCUGCUGCAGGACCACCUGCCUCAAGCCUACUUGUGUGACCACCUGCUGUCAGCCCACCUGCUGCCAGCCCUCCUGCCCCCAAACUUGCUGUCAAACUACUGAAACCACCUGCUGCAAGCCUACUUGUGUGACCACCUGCUGCCAGCCCACCUGCUGUGGAUCCAGCAGCUGUGGACAAACCUGCAGUGGGUCCAGCUGCUGCCAGCCUUGCAGCCGCCCUGUCUGCUGUCAGACCACCUGCUGCAGGACCACCUGCUGCAAACCUGCUUGUGUGACCACCUGCUGUCAGCCCACCUGUGUGUCCACCUGCUGCCAGCCUUCCUGCUGCUGA